AUGCCCGACUUCGCCGAUAAACUCCGUCCAAGCCAACCAGAUGGACCCACAACCCUUGCCCGCGAAAGAGAGCAAUCUAGCAUCUCAACUGAGGAGCUAGGUAAGCACCUAUUAUCUUGUGAUGGAUUCUUGGAGCGGCAAGCUCGUAUUCUACCAAUUGUGCAGCGAGAGCCACUUUUUGCCAAAGAUAAACAGCAAAACCUAUCUCGACCAGAGCGAUUCAAGCUAGGGCUUGCUCGAGCAAAGCUGCUACGCCGACUAGUCGACCAACAUAAUUGGAACCAUGAAGAUCACAAGAUGGCAGAGUACCUCGUCAGCGAUGUUUCGCCGUAUUUUCUGCACCUGGAGAUGUUCGUCACCACCAUCCGCGAGCAAGCAAACGAGGCUCAGCGGGCUCAUUGGAUGCCAUUGAUUGAAUCGUGGAAAAUUAUCGGGGCUUAUGCACAGACAGAGCUCGGACAUGGUAGUAAUGUUCGGGGCUUGGAGCUCGAGGCACGCUGGGAUCCACGAACUAGCGAGUUUGUCUUGCAUAGUCCGACGCUCACGGCCAGCAAAUGGUGGAAUGGCAGCUUGGGUCGUAUUGCCAAUCAUACAAUUGUGGUUGCCCAGCUACUUCUUCCUAAAGCUGGAUCUCCAGAUCAAUACGUGUCUCAUGGUCCUCAUCCGUUUAUUGUGCAAGUGCGAGAUAUGGAUACUCACCAACCGCUUGAUGGCGUGAUUGUUGGAGAUAUCGGGCCGAAAUAUGGAUACAUCACGAUGGACAAUGCUUACAUGCUCUUCAAUAACUUUCGCAUUCCUCACUCUGCCAUGCUUUCACGGUACUCAAGCGUGGACCCCAAGACGGGAACUUACUCAAAGCCGGCGCAGCCAGCUGUAGUCUACGGAUCUCUCACAUACGUCCGAGCUCAGAUCGUCCAUCAUGCUAGACUUGUCCUAGCACGCGCAGUCACAGUCGCAGUACGCUAUACCGCCAUUCGACGACAGUUUACCGACCGAGAUAGCAACGGCACCGGACCCGAGAUGUCUGUCCUCGACUAUCCAACCGUCCAAAUUCGAAUCCUACCUUUAUUGGCUACUACAUUUGCAUUACACUACACCGGUCUGGCAAUGCGCCGUGUCUACGAAAACGCACGACAAGACGUGGAGCGGGGUGAUUUCCGCUCUUUAGCUCACAUGCAUAGUAUGUCUUCCGGACUAAAGAGUCUCUGCACCAUGAUCGCUGCGGAUGGGAUUGAGACGUGUCGACGAGCCUUGGGUGGACAUGGUUUUGGGGGUGGAAGUGGGCUGAUUGAGCUUAAUAACGACUAUCUUUCCAAGCCAACUGUUGAAGGAGAUAACUGGAUGAUUACACAGCAGGUUGCUUCUUAUUUGAUGAAGAAAAUGACUGCUGCGGUGGAAGGGUCUGAUACUCCGGGUGCAGAUGAAACGGAGACGCGUUUCAAGCAGUAUAUUCAGAAACGACGUGGUGUCUCUCGUCAGCCCGAAUAUCGUGUGUUGGAAAGCGAUCAGGAAAUUGCCAGGGCCUUCGAGCUCCGCGCUACCGCACUUGCAUAUGACGCAUACGAACAGCGAGUAGUCAAAAAGAGAAGCUGGAAUAGUCUUCUUAUCCAACUACACAAGCUCAGCAAGGCCCAAUCGCAAUCUAUUCUUGUCAGCAAGUUCUUCGAGGCCUUGUCAACCGAUAUGACUCUGUCGAGCUCCUUAAAGCCCGUUCUGUGGGACUUGUAUCGUCUCUUUGCACUUUAUACCAUGGAGAACGAAGGAUAUGAGUUCUUCCGCUGUGGUGCGGUCUCUCAGUCCGAUCUUGACAUCCUACCAACACGCGUGCAAGAUUUGAUGGCGCGUAUUCGACCACAUGCUGUGAAAUUGGUGGAUUCAUGGAUGAUUCCAGAUUAUUUGCUCGAUAGUGCGCUGGGGCGAUAUGAUGGUCGUGUUUAUGAAGACCUCUUCAACAGAGCUCACCACUUGAAUCCGUUGAACCGAAUUACGUUUAAUCCAAAUUAUUGGGAACAUGAAAUCGUCAAAGGAAGUGGAGUUGAUGGGUCUGAUAUACUGUCAAAGCUGUGA